AUGAUAACAUCUCUUAUAACAUGGCAUUAUGGACUUCGUUAUUUAGUUAUUAAAUUAGUUCGAUUUAUUCGAUGGAUUAUGUUUAGAAAUGAUGAUCAACCACGAAUUUUAUGUUGCAUUUGUUCUUGUUUUCGUUCAAAACAACGUAUUAUUAAAUAUAUUAUGUAUUUUCAAUAUAUUGGUUUGUGGAUUUAUUAUUUCUGUAUGGUAUUCCUUGGUUUUAUGUUUAAUCUGAGCAUCACACGUACUACUGUUCUUACAUUAGGAUCUGUUUGGAUGCCUAUACUAUUAGCAGUAGAUCGAUUAUUGGGACUUAUUGCAGCUAUCAUACCUGAAUUAUUAGAAAAUUGGUUAAAUAUAUCAGCAAAACUCGAAUAUUUACAAAUUUUAAAUUCUAAUCAUUUGCAUCUCAAGAAUUUCGAACCUCUUAUUCAUUUGAUUAAUAAAAAAACAAAAAAUUCUAAAUUAACUGCAGACAAUAAAUUAUCAAACAAUAUCAAAACUAUUAUCGAAUAA